UCAUGGGGCCCCCGGGCAAUAGGAGAUCAUGGGGCCCCUGUGUCCUUGCCCACACCCAAAAAAGCCUAUGAAAAAGGUACCAGGGGCAUCUCAUGGGGCUCCCUACUGACCCCGGGCCCUCGGGCAGUGCCCGAGUGCUCGAAUGGUCAGUCCGCCCCUGGUGGGCUUUUUUGAGUUUGGCCAAGGAGUUGUGAGUCUGUCCCUGGGUAUCAUGAAUUCACAGAUGUACUGCUCUAUAUUGAAAGUGAAGAUGCUACCAUCAAUCUGUGCCCUUGGUCGUUGUGCGUUUCCUACAUGACAAUGAUCCAAAACACA